AUGACCGAGUCGUCGAUUCAGGUAGCGGUGCGCAUCCGCCCCCUGAACGCGAAGGAGGUGUCGCUGCUUGCGCCAGUGGACACCUCCCAACCGUUCCAGGGGGAUGGUGGUUUGGCCGGCUCGCCGAGCAAGGCCCCCAACGCCAUCACGGCGAUGCGCACCAACUACAUCCGCAACAUUCUGUCGCCGGUCGACGACAAGGUGCUCGUGUUUGACCCUGCGGACCCCUCUGCGAACAUGCGUGGUGCGCGGCCGGCAAUGCAUAUGCAGUUCCACGGCAACGGGCGGCGCGCACGCGACGUGCGCUACGCUUUCGACCGUGUCUUUCCCCCUCCGACGACGCAGCAGGAGGUGUAUCGCGGCACGGUCGAGCGCAUGCUGCCUGGGAUCCUGAGUGGAUUCAAUGCGAGUGUAUUCGCAUACGGUGCGACGGGCUGCGGAAAAACACACACCAUCAGCGGCACGUCGGAGGACCCAGGGCUGAUCUUUUUGACGAUGCGCGGCCUGUACGAGCGCAUCGAGGCCGAAAAGGACCAAUACGAGACGAAUGUGCGCCUGUCCUACCUGGAGAUCUACAACGAGACGAUCCGCGACCUGCUGUCGCCGACACCAACACCGCCGGGCCCUGGCCUCGCUCUGCGUGAGGAUGCUGCGAGCAAGAUCUCGGUCGUAGGCAUCACGGAGCACAUCCCCGAGUCCCCAGAGCAGGUCCUGGAGAUGAUUACCGAAGGAAAUAAGCGGCGCACGCAGAGCCCGACGAUGGCCAACGCGGUCAGCAGCCGCUCGCAUGCAGUGCUGCAGCUGAAUGUCACCCGCAAGCCACGCACGGCCGGCACGGUCGAGGAGAUGUGCAGUGCGUCGCUCAACAUCAUCGACCUGGCCGGCUCGGAGCGUGCGUCGGCGACAAACAACCACGGGAUGCGCAUGAAAGAGGGUGCAAAUAUCAACCGCUCCUUGCUGGCGCUUGGCUCGUGUAUCAAUGCACUGUGCCAGACCGGCGGAAGCAGGAACACAAAAGGACGGCACAUCCCCUACCGCAACAGCAAGCUCACACGCCUGCUCAAGUUUUCGCUCGGAGGCAACUGCAAGACGGUGAUGAUUGUGUGUGUGUCGCCGUCGAGCGCGCACUACGAAGAGACGCACAACACGCUCAAGUACGCGAACCAGGCCAAGAACAUCCAGACCAAGGUCACGCGCAACCUCCUGCACAUCGACCGCCACGUCGCACAGUACGUCCAGGCGAUUGCGUCGCUGCGCGAAGAGGUGCAGGAGCUCAAGGACAAGCUCGCCAUCGCAUCAAGCGGAGACGCGCCGGCCGAACGCCGCAAAAAGGCCGAGCGCGAGACACAGCUCGCCGAGGCGACCAGCCAGCUGCAGGCGGCCGCCGACGCAGCCACCGAGUCGGAGCGCGCCGCCGCCGCCGAGGCCGCGCCGACGUACGCCGCGGACGCGAUCCGCUCGGCCCUCACCACGGCGCUUGCGACGUGCGCGGACGAGGAUCGCGGAAUCCUGCAGACGAUCCUCGACCAGACACCGCAGACGCAGCCGCCGCCGGAGAGCGUUUAUGCCUUGCCGCAGCGCACACUCCCGUCGGCCGUGGCUGCAGACACGUCAUGCGCGGCGCUGUACGCUGCACGACACGCGCACCUCGAGGCGCACCUCGCCGCCGAGGCACGGCACGCCGCCCUCGCUGCGACGCGGCGCGUGCAGCAGUCGAUUGGGGGGCGCAUGGUCGACCUUGCGCUCAGUGCCGCACAUUCGACGCAGGCGCUGCAGUCGGCUGCCACCGAGCUCGACGACGAGUUCGACGACGAGGCGCGUGCGGCGCUCGUCGAGCGGCUGCGUGCCGCAAGUCACGCCAGUGAUCUUGCGCUGCAGCGCGCCAUGGGAACGAGCGUGCGGGGCAUGCCGCCGGCGCGUGCCAAGCCAAAGGUGAACCCGUCGCCACGGCGCAAGGCGCGCCCGUCCACGGGCCAGAGCCGUGCGCUGCGCCUCGUGAGCCCGCGGCGCCGUGCGCUGCGGCCGAGCAUGCCGGCGCGGCACAAGAGUAUCGGAGCAGCGCUCGAUCUCGGGGAAAAAACGCAAGCAAGUGAGCCACGCAAGAGUAUCGCGCCUCGUCCGAGCACGGCACGCCCGCUGGCGCCGCGUCCGAGUGUUGCGCAGAGUGCGCCCCGCCCGAGCGUCGCGCCGAGUGCGCCGCGGCCCAGCAUGGCGCCGGGUGUGCGGCCGAACGUGGCGGCUGGCGCUGCGCGUGCCGCACCGCGGCCCAGUGUGCCGCCGCGCAAGGUUGAGAAGAACGACAAAGCGCCGCGUGCAUCGCUUGCACCGAAACUCGUGCGUCCCCGUGCAGAGCCCGAGAAGCGUCCCGAGCCCGAGAAGCGUCCCGAGCCCGAGAAGCGGGCAGAGAAGCGUGCCGAAGAAAAACUCCCCGAGGACAAGCGGGCGCUCGCGAGUCCCCCGAUGGACGAAGGCGUCUACCCCCCCGUCUCGCCGACGAUGCUCGCCGAACCGUGCCUAUCGCCGCUGUCGCCGACUGGUGCGCAUUCGCAAAAGUCGCCUGGAAAGAGUCCGCCGGUAAAGCGCCGCGGCCUCUUUCAGCGGCAGUUCCUUGCGCGCCCCGAGGCCGAGGAAGGGGACAGCUCGAUGGACUCGUUUCUGCAUACAGAUCUAGGGGAUCUUUCGGCGCAGCUCCCCCGCGAAGACUGGCAGACGGGUCUUUUGGAUGCGCCCGGCCAAGGUACGCCCGAGAAGCCCUUCCCUGCGCGCUUCCGCGUGGAGCCGCAUUCGAGCCGCGUGCAAUAG